CCGGUAUAGUAAUAUUUUACAUGCCCUCUUACCCUACAAAGUUCCCCCGCGUAUCUUAAUAUAUCUAACACCUCCUACUAGUUCAUUUACGUAUUGCACGAUAGAUACCGACAAUAACACCGGCAAUUAUUGAUGUUAGUUUGCUAUAUUGUAAUGCUGUUAUAUAAAGUAGAGUAAGGAGAAACAGAGUUAGUUAGAGAGAAGCGUGGUGCUUGCGAAAGGCCACUGCUAUCAAACAUGUAGACACUCACUCGCACGCACACAAAGAACGGUCAUGGAUUGAAAGGCUAAGAUAUAAUUUAAUGGCGUAACAGUGCUUGUGAAAGGCUGUUUAGUACCUAAGUUUCGAUAUUGUGUAAAAGAACGUCUUAGCUUUGGAUGGAAUAAAAGGAAUUGAUUUUGUGUGUCAAAACGUGUCGUUUAUUCGCUCGGUCAAUCGCUCAAACAACGAAUGGUGUCAGAAUUUUUACAAAUAUAUAUCAGCAGCAAGUUUUAUCAUUGUCAAUAGAAAUUUCUAUUGACUAUGAUUUCAUGCUUUUAUCAAAAAGUGAACAGUUGUUGCUAAAAUCUGCGGUACUUCUAUUACAGAUCGAUCCUUUACUUUGUAUCUUUUAUUAAUAUAUCUUUGGUUAACUUCUAUUCAAUAAAUUGUAAAUAUUUGCUGAUUUAAGUACACGAAAAUGAAUUUGAAUUUGUGUGCGGACAGCAAGUUCAUUCGAAAAAGACAAAAACCGUUUGGGCCGCUAACCAAGCACGUGACGUCUAUAGCUGCAAAUAGCCCAGUCAGGAUGGAAUUUGAUUGGUUCAUGGACAAUAAACCAUGUCUCGACCCAUUUCCCAGAUGUACAACAGCAAGCAAAACCAUUUUAGUUCCUCUUGCUUAUGGAAACGUCCAUAGGAUAGGAGCCGUACAUUGCAAUGCGUCGAUGAACUGUUUCCAAUGACAUAGCAAAGAGUAGGGACAAGAUCAGCGAUGGGGACAACAACGAAAGCUAUUGUAGCUUCGUUAAACUAUUCAGCCGACGAAACGAGAACAUACAAUGUCUUUGGGCCUAGUCAGACUGGAUCAAACAAUGUGAUGAACGUUUCUAUCAGUAAUGGAAGAGCCACGGAUAGGGUUUCAGAAACAGAUGAUGAAAUCAAGAAGAUACCUGUGGAAGGAAAAUCAUUUAUUAAACGUGAAAACUACUUUGAUGACCUUUGUUCGGCUACAGAGGAUAACGGCUUUGUUGUGCUGCACGGAACUCCAUGUGUGGGUAAGACUUCCUUGGCAACCAACUUUGUUAAUCGCACAAAAAGCAAGUAUAAUAACAUAAUCUGGAUUGACAUGAGAGAAAUCAAUGUGGCUGGUGCUAUUGGUGAAAUAUAUGAAAGAAUGUUAUUAGAACUGAAUGUUGAUACAAGAUCCUUAGAUCUGAAAUUCUUUAAAAGGGAUUUGGAGACUCAUUUAAGAAGUUUGGAGAGUAGGAAGAAAACAACACUUUUCAUUUUAGAUAAUAUGGAAACAUUUCUUUCAAUCAAAGAUGAUGAGAAUACUGAUCCUCCAAUCAAAGGGCUUUUUUCACUUCUUGAAAAAAAUUCCCCAACUUAUACCAAAGUCAUUGCUAUAUCUAGAUGUCCUGCAGACCAACAUUUCUUUGGUGCAAACAUAAAAAAUUUUGAAAUUAAACCAUUUGAGGAUGACCUCAGUGAAGUAUAUCUCAACAGAUUACUUAAGAGACAAAAUCAGGAUUCCAUUGAUCAGGAAGUCGUUGAUUUAUUAAAAGAGAGGUGUUUCGGAUCUCCAUUGCUCAUGGAAAUCUUUUCGAAACAGAUUAUUGCAGCUAGCUCUUAUGACAGGAAAUGCAUCUUGCAAAAGAUCAAAGAGAACCCUUUAAAAGCUGCUAAAGAGCUGUCACCAUAUUAUAAGAGGAUGAUCAGUAUUUCGUUAAACUUAUUGUCUGAAGAAGAGAAAAAUGCUGCAAAUUUGUUAUGUAUUUUUCCUUCAACAAUACCCUUGCUCCUGGCAGAAAGGUUAUUCCAAAAGAGAGAAAUUGAUAAUCGUUUAAUUUUUCAGCUGAUUGCUAAAGGGAUAAUUAUAAAAAGGAAUGAAAUGAAUGAGCUUUCAAUGCACCCGUUCUUGCAAGAACAUUGUCAGGAGAAAUGCAAAUCGGAAAGACAGAGAAAUCUGAUGUGUCUCCUCAAUAUCUAUUUGGAGACAUUUUUUGAAAAAAGCAAAGAAUCCUUCAAAUGUGACAUGUCUGGAGAAAUUGUUAAAGAGUUCAACAGACUGAUGUCUUCCUUUGAGCAUAUGGUAAACAUUUUAAGAGACAGAAAUAAAAAGGAAUCUUGUGGUUCUUCAAUUAUUAAUUUCAUAGACCGUCAAAACUUUUCCUCAUUCUUCUUAUUUUUAAAGUUUCUCUGGUAUCAAGUUUCAAAAAAAAAGAUAGAAGAUAUCUUUAACUUCUUACUUGAAAAUACUGGAAGUAAAGAGAUGAUAAAAAUUUGUUUGAACGAAUUAAAGUGGAUUGUUCCGUGUUAUUGGGAGCAACAAGACAAGUCUGAAGACUGCAAAGGAGUAGAUGGAUAUGAAUUUGUUGUAUAUGAGCGUAUUAGACUUUCAAAGGAAGUGUAUGAUGAUUUUGUUAAAGGUUUUAAGUACAAACAGACAGAAACCCUCAAAGGGAAGCUUGAAAAAUUGUUAGAAUCUGUAGAAAACUUAGAAAACCACAAACUUAAAGCAUACUAUCUUAUUAAAGUGAAAAAGCUGUUGGCAAAAGUAUACCACAGCAAAAAAGACUUUGCAAAGGCAGAAAGCUAUCUAGAGGAGUGUCUGGAUGUUUCAAAGAAAGCAUUUGGUGUGAGUUUUUGGACUGUUGACUGCUUUGUAGAGUUGAUUAAAAUUUCAAUGAAACAGAAGGACAACAGUAAAGUAAAACAGUAUCUUGACAGUGCAUUUGAGAUGGGACAUAAAGGUGGAUUCACUGAUCAUCACAAAUUUUCUAACGUUUUGGUAAUCAAAAUGCGAUUUCUUCAUUCCAUCAGUGAUGAAGAAAACUUGCAUGAGAUAAGAGAGCUAGGGGAAAAGGUAAUACGCUUGUCAUUAAGUGGAGGAACUAAGCUACUCUGUCAGAGUUUGAAGAGUAUGAUAAUCUCUGAUAAAUCAUAUAUAGAGGAAGCUAUGGAUAUUUUCAAGAAAGUUAAAACCCCAGAUGAAAACUUUGUAGAGAUGGUGGAUGAAACCUCAAGGAUGUACACGUGGUAUAAAUACAACAUCGACAAGAAUUUUUUACAGGACAGACUCAGAACUGGGGUUGACAUUUUGCAAAGGUCUAUUGCACUCCUACAAAACACUAUUGAAAGGCAAGAAUUUUCCCAAGAAUUUGACGGUCCUUCCAUUAAUAAUGCAUUAUUUCGUUGGAACAUGGAACUUGCAAUGAGGCAUGGAGAUGUGCUGCAGCAAAGUCAGAGGAAAGUUCAUGCACAUGAGGCUUUAAAUAUUGCAAAUCUUGAAAAGCUUGAAAAUCAUGUAGAAGACAAAUUAGUGCUUGAGCAGAUAGCAGAACAAGACUACAGUUUAGAGGAAGAGAAGCUGAUUCUCCAGGCCACAUUCCUAGAUAACUUUUUCAGUUGCAUGCCAAAAUGGGCAAAAAAAAGGAAAGAGGGAAAGAAAUAGAUGAGCUCAAAAAAGCUUUGGAGAGUUGCAGUAAUGAGGAACAUGUCAGCUGGGUGAGAGCCAAAAUAUUGUCAACCAUUAUCUGCGUUUCUCCUCUACAAGAGGCUAGCAAGUAUUUAGAAGAACUUGUUGAUAUACUCAAAGUCAUGAAAAAUUAUCUAGUCAAGCCAUUUAAAGUUGUGGAGAACCAUAUUUUACUUCAAUUGAAGAAUGUCCGAGCUGAAGACAAAAUCAAGUACAAGAUAAUGUGUCUUGAUUUUAUUAAAUUACUUGAUACACAAAAUUGUUACCUUGGUGAAGAAAAGGCAGAGUGUUUGCAGUUUUAUUUUAUGGUCCUACUGAUAAAAAAUUUUCCAGAGCCAAGCCAGAGUCAAAUGGACUUUGCAAAGAAGGCAUUAAAAGUUGGUAAUCAGAGAGGUUUGUUCAAGAAAAAGUAUGAAGGAUUGGACACUGAACUUGAAGACAAAAUUUCAAGAGGUGUCGAUCCUCAUUACAAAUCUAAGUAGACAAAACUUUUUCAGUGUUGCACUUGCAAUAUUGGCAUAAAUAUGAACAAGACAUUUUUAUAAACUGAAUUCAAAAGAAACAAUGAGUCUGAGCUUUUCAAGGAUUCUAAACAAUUUUCACGAAAAAUGAUUUCCAAUGAUUACCUUUUCCAAAGGAGAAAUUGAGUAAAUAAAUUUAAAAAAAGUUUCACGAAUGAAUGCAUGAUUUUGUGCGUUAGAAUCUUGUAGAUGUUUGAAUUUUAUUGAGGGGUAAAAGUUAACGGAUGCAGAUGAAUUUUAAAUACAUUUAAGAGUAUGUAUAUAGGUUUACUGAAAGGCAUCCUGAUCUUAAGUUCAUAUAAAUGCAAAGGAAGAAUAAGAUAACUAUCUAAUAUUAGAUAAUCCAAAAACCUAUGUUGUUUAUAAAAGAUGUGGGGAUAAAAAGAGAAUGUUAUCCCUUGAUGAUUUUCUGUCUGUAUUUUAUAAACAGGUUUCUGCAAAUUAUUAGCAUAACUGAUUAGGUGACCUAAUUUGUUUUCAACCCCAUAAAAACUCAAUUAAGCCAAAACGAGGAUUGUAUAUUACUCAAAGUUCUAGAGGAGUCUUAACCAACAGUGCUUUUUAGAAGGGCAUACAAAAAAGGGAGUAACAAGCAAGCAGGCUGCUUGUAAAAUAUGCUUUGACGUGAGAGCGCUUACACUCAUUUUUGUAAUGAACAGGUCGACCUUGAAUACCCCUGUUUCUUAACGCUUUAGAAAAUUUCUAUACUCGUUUUUUCUUAGAGCCUGAUUUUCAUAUAUCACGAUUCAUCGGUGAUGAUCCCUUAAUAGUUUCCUAAUUAUUAUACUGUCAUUACAAGUUUGACCCUUAUGUAGAAUUUUUAUUUAGCCUAAUUUAUGUAGAUAGGCGGCGUUGAUAGAGGGACUGUAGAAAAAAGUAGAAAUAUUCGGAACCGUUUCAGUAGGUGUAUCGUGUAUGUGUACCAAAACAAAGUGAGCUUGUGUAUCGGUACUAUUCUGGGAAGUUAUGCAACAGAAACAGCUUUUGAGAGAUCAUUUAUACAAACGAAAAAUAAUAAGGGCCAAGGCAAGAACCUUGUGGCACUCCUACAUCUAUUAUUGUAGCAUGUGCUUCCCGGAACUGAUUGUUAUUGUAUGUAAUUUAAUAAUGUCAUCGUCUCUAUCUGAAUCUUUGUACUCUGUUGUUUGUACAGUAUGUCUGUUGUUCUGUCUUGAUGUGUUGAUUAACAAACUGUGAUGUUGAAUAGAAUGAUUAGAUCUAGAUUGUAAAGAUCAGUUGUUGGAUUGAAUAUGAACAUAUGAACAUAUGAACUUGUAUUUGUCUUCCUCGCUACAUUAUCUCUAAAGUUGAAUCAACACCAUUGGCCAGUGGCAGUUUUAAGAGGGGUCCAGGGGACCAUGGUCCUAGGUCCCGUGCUUUUGGUAGCCAAAAGGGGCCCACACCUAAGAAAAAAGAUAGAAAUUGUAAAGAACAAGGGCCCCACAGAUGUUUUUGGCCCCGGCCCCCGCAGUCCCUAAAACCGCUGCUGCCAUUGACCCUACAUAACUUUCUUCGAUUGGAAAAUUAAGAUUGAAACUAUGACAGUUCACAAUUUUGAACUUCAUAUUGCUCAAGUUUCCUACAAAGAAUGUCAUGGUAAACGGUAACAAAGGCCUUCUCCAAAUCAAUAGAUACCAAACAUGAAAAAGCUUUCCAACAACCAAACCAUUGUACCAAUCGUUGGUGUUUUGAGGAGACAAGUUAAGGUGGAAUAAAGUUUUAUGAAACCAGACUGGUCUGAAUAGAAGAGGCUAUUUUCUCCAAAAAAUUGGUACAAAAUUAUUUCAAAGUUUUUAGUUUUGUAAACUUUAGACUUCCAUUGUUAUUAGGAUUUAAAUUUAGCUCUUUGGUGAUGAUAUAUCCGUUUGUAAUUAGUUUAGUUUGAUAAUUAUUUUUCUCAAAGAAAUUUUAUGCUGAAGGGCAACCCUCCCUAAAGAAUUCGAAUGAAUGGAUAAAUGAGUUGUGCUCAUGUUG